AUGACAACGAUGUUCGUCCAACUGCGCCGUGUGGUGUACCUGUUGGUACUUCUGCAGUGCUUUGCGUGUGUGGCAUGUGCGGAGAAUGCAAGUGGCAUGCAGGGGGUAUCCACCUCGAGGUCAAGAAAAGAUGCGGCAGAGGUUGAACGGUUUAGGAAGACGGUGGUCGAGGUGUAUAAGCACUUUCUGCAAACGAGAGGUUGUCUCUCUGUGUUAAAGGGUAAAAGGCAAUUAACCGAGAAUAAUUCAAUGCGUGCUGGGGCUGUUGCGAAGAAUAUCAUUGCUCUUGUUACGGCGUUCAUGAAAUUAGAAGACACGGUAGAAGGGCGGGACCCAACUGGUGCGUGGAUAGGGGAAAGAAGGGCUGAUGUUCAACAAUACAUAAAUGACUUUAAGGAAGUGACGUCAUUGCUCUUAGACAUAUCUCUUUUGAGUGAUAAUUGCGGGAAACAAUCUAUGGUGUCGGAUGGUGAUGGGUAUAGAUUUGACAAAGCUCGAAAACGUUUUUUGCGAGAAAUAAAAGAAGAAACACCGGAAAUAAUAGAACUCAGACGGGGCAGCAGAAUAGUAAGCGAAAGGUUAAUUGAUCUCGUAAAAGACCUCAAGUCCUCAGAGGGUGGACUCCUGCUACUAGAGGAUGUCAGAAAAUCCGUGAAAGAAGCAGAAAAAGCAAUGCAAGGCCUCAAGUGGAUUUUGAAAAAAGACAAUACGCUCGAAAAUCUUGUAGAUGAGGCCAUGGGUGAAGACUAUGGGAGAAGGGUAACAGAGGUAAACGCCACCGUUAUUAGUGAACUGGAGGAAGCAAAACAAAAAGAAGAAGGAGAAAUCCGGCGUCGUUUACAGGAGGCGCAGGUUGAAGAAAAAGAGAAUGAAAUAAGGGAUCAAGAGGGGACUGGAGUUGAAGAACAGCCGUCAACAGGGAUGGAGGUGACGCAAGAAGUUGAUGCGAACGUGCAGGGUGUGCAGAAAAAAGAAGAAAAACAGGUGGAUAGUGAAAGUGCCGGAAUGGAAGAAGUGGUGGGUGUAACGGCCAAAGAGGAGCAGAAAGAAGAGAUCCGCAAGGAGGACGCACUACGGCAGGGUGUAAAGAUCAAGGAAGAGGCCAAUGUUACUGAAAUAGAAGCGGUAAAGGCCGUUAAAGCAAUACAGGAGAGUGACGGCAGCAGCGGUCCUGCAUUGGUGCACAGUCCCUUAUUGCUGCUUCUGUUGUGUGUGUUGGGCUGCACUCUCGUGUGCUAA